CAUUAGCAACACACAAAAACACAAACACCACCAAAACCAAAAAAAAUUUUGAAUUUCUCCCAGCCAAAAUUAAUCACAUAAUAAUUCAAAAUUAAACGAAUAUUAAUCUCUAAUUAAUAAUUAUUAUGACUCAACCUCCGGUGCUUCCACCAAACGGCGGAGGUGUACAGGUGCGUUGCGCCGGAUGUCGUAUGAUCUUAACGGUGGGGCCAGGUGUAACCGAAUUCAUUUGUCCUACUCCUACGUGUCAGCUUCCGCAAAUGCUUCCGCCGGAGCUCAUGACCAUCACCGCUUCACCUCCUCCUCUUCUUCUUCCUGCUCCUCCUACUACAACUACUACUAAUACUUCUUCUACUAGAGGCGUUAUGGUUCCCUCUCCCAGCACUCACCUGCAGAAUGUUAAUGUAAAGGCCUUGUCGCACGUGCCGGCUCACGGCAUCGAUCCGACGAAGAUACAGUUACCUUGUGCUAAUUGUAAGGCGAUUCUCAACGUGCCACAUGGACUUGUUCGGUUCUCGUGUCCGCAAUGUGCGGUGGAGUUGGCCAUCGAUAUGUCCAAAGUCAAACAGUUCUUUGCUCCUCCUCCUCCUCCGCCGCGUCCUCUGCCGCCGCCGCCCCCUGAGGAAGUCAACGAGGUAGCCAUUGAAGUGGAGCGAGAAGAAGAUGGAGGUGGCAUGGUGGGAGAAACAUUUACUGAUUAUCGCCCACCAAAACUAUCUAUUGGACCGCCUCAUCCUGAUCCUAUAGUAGAGACAUCCUCCUUAUCUGCGGUACAGCCGCCAGAGCCCACUUAUGAUUUACAAAUCAAGGACGAUUUGGAAAGUUCAAAGGCUUUGUCAUGCUUGCAGAUUGAGACAUUGGUCUAUGCUUGUCAGAGACACCUUCAGCACCUUCCAGAUGGUGUUAGGGCAGGUUUCUUUGUUGGAGAUGGAGCCGGGGUGGGUAAAGGUCGAACCGUUGCAGGGUUAAUAUGGGAGAAUUGGCACCAUGGGAGGAGGAAAGCAUUGUGGAUUUCAGUUGGUUCAGACUUAAAGUUUGAUGCUAGAAGAGAUUUGGACGAUGUCGGUGCUACAUGCAUUAAAGUGCAUGCUUUGAAUAAGUUGCCUUAUUCUAAGCUUGAUUCAAGGUCUCUUGGGAUCAAGGAAGGAGUUGUGUUUUUGACAUAUAGUAGCCUCAUUGCAUCUUCUGAGAAAGGUCGCUCUCGUCUGCAGCAGCUUGUGCAGUGGUGUGGAGCAGGAUAUGAUGGCCUUGUCAUAUUUGAUGAGUGCCACAAAGCUAAAAAUUUGGUACCAGAAGCUGGAAGUCAGCCAACACGCACAGGGGAAGCAGUUCUUGAUAUUCAGGCCCGACUUCCUGAAGCACGUGUUGUUUAUUGCUCAGCAACUGGUGCGUCUGAGCCACGCAAUAUGGGUUAUAUGGUCAGGCUUGGUCUUUGGGGAGCUGGAACAUGUUUUGAUGAUUUCCAGAAGUUUCUAGGUGCUCUUGAUAAAGGCGGUGUUGGAGCGCUAGAACUUGUUGCCAUGGACAUGAAAGCUAGGGGAAUGUAUGUGUGUCGUACUCUUAGCUACAAAGGGGCGGAGUUUGAGGUUAUUGAGGCACCUUUGGAAGCAGAAAUGAUGGAAAUGUAUAAAAAAGCAGCAGAAUUUUGGGCAGAUUUGCGAGUGGAAUUGCUGUCAGCAAUUGCUUUUCUUAAAGAAGAAGAUAGAGCUAAUUAUAGUCAGUUGUGGAGAUUGUACUGGUCAAGUCAUCAGCGUUUCUUUAGACACAUGUGCAUGUCAGCUAAGGUACCUGCUACUGUGAGACUAGCUAAGAAAGCAUUAGCUGAAGAUAAGUGUGUGGUCGUGGGCCUUCAGAGUACUGGAGAGGCUAGGACUGAAGAAGCCGUGACAAAAUAUGGUGUUGAACUUGAUGAUUUUAUUUCGGGGCCUCGGGAGCUGUUGCUGAAAUUUGUGGAAGAAAACUACCCUUUGCCUGAGAAGCCAGAACCCCUCACAGGAGAGGACAGUGUAAAGGAACUUCAACGAAAGCGGCAUUCAGCAUCUCCUGGUGUUUCAUUAAAAGGGAGAGUUAGGAAAGCUGCAAAAUGGAAACCUGCAAGUGAUGGUGAAAGUGAUGAAGAAUCUGACUCUGAUUCUGUGCAUGAAUCUACUGAAUCUGAUGAUGAGUUUCAGAUCUGUGAGAUAUGCAGCGGAGAGGAGGAAAGGAAGAAAUUGCUCCAAUGCUCAUGCUGUGGUCAACUGGUCCAUUCUGGAUGUUUAGUCCCACCUGUCCCGGAUUUAGUACCCAGUGAUUGGUCAUGCCAUUCUUGCAAGAAAAAAACAGAUGAAUAUCUUAAAGAACAACAUAUUUAUCAGACACAAAUGUUGAAGAGGUAUGAAGAGGCUUUGGAACGUAAGUCACAAGUUUUGGAUAUAAUUCGUUCGUUGGAUCUUCCCAAUAAUCCUUUGGAUGAUAUUAUUGAUCAGCUUGGGGGUCCUGAUAGGGUUGCAGAAAUGACAGGGAGACGAGGCAUGCUUGUAAGGGCCUCUAGUGGAAAAGGUGUAACUUAUCAGGCACGAAACACAAAGGAUGUCACCAUGGAAAUGGUCAACAUGCAUGAGAAGCAGCUCUUUAUGGACGGGAAGAAGUUGGUUGCAAUCAUAUCUGAAGCUGGAUCAGCUGGUGUUUCUUUACAAGCUGACAGAAGGGCAGAAAAUCAGAAAAGAAGGGUUCAUAUAACAUUGGAACUUCCUUGGAGUGCUGACAGAGCUAUACAACAGUUUGGAAGAACUCACCGAUCAAAUCAAGCUUCAGCACCCGAAUAUAGGCUAAUCUUUACUAAUCUUGGUGGAGAGCGUCGGUUUGCAUCCAUUGUAGCCAAGAGAUUGGAAUCUCUUGGAGCCUUAACUCAGGGAGACCGCAGGGCUGGACCCUCCUUGAGUGCUUACAAUUAUGAUAGUGCUUUUGGGAAGAAGGCCUUGACGGUGAUGUAUAAAGGAAUAAUGGAGCAGGAUCAUCUGCCAGUUGUACCACCUGGAUGUUCAUCUGAAAAACCAGAAACCAUUGAAGAAUUUCUGACGAAGGCAAAAGCUGCUCUUGUGGCUGUUGGAAUAGUUAGGGAUACAGUUCUUGGUAAUGGAAAAAUAUCUGGUCGUAUAGUUGAUUCAGACAUGCAUGAUGUUGGACGUUUUCUAAACCGGCUCUUAGGAUUGCCACCUGAGAUUCAAAAUAGGCUGUUUGAAUUGUUCAUCAGCAUCUUGGAUCUUCUUGUUCAGAAUGCACGCAUAGAAGGGAGUCUUGAUUCUGGGAUUGUUGAUAUGAAGGCUAACAUUGUUGAAUUACAAGGAACUCCCAAGACUGUUCAUGUUGAUAACAUGUCUGGGGCAUCAACAAUGCUCUUUACUUUUACUCUAGAUCGUGGAAUCACGUGGGAGUCUGCAAGUGCCAUGCUUGAAGAGAAACAGAAGGAUGGGCUUGGUUCGCCAAAUGAUGGUUUCUAUGAAUCUAAAAGAGAAUGGUUGGGGAGGCGUCACUUCAUUUUAGCAUUUGAGAGUGCUUCAGCUUCUGGAAUGUUUAAAAUAGUCCGUCCUGCUGUUGGGGAAUCAGUAAGGGAAAUGACUCUGUCAGAAUUAAAAAACAAGUACAGAAAAAUGACCUCUUUAGAGAAGGCUUGUAGUGGUUGGGAAGAUGAAUACGAAGUUUCAUCCAAACAGUGCAUGCACGGGCCCAACUGUAAGCUUGGCAACUUCUGUACAGUUGGCAGAAGAAUUCAAGAAGUUAAUGUUUUGGGUGGCCUUAUUCUUCCUGUUUGGGGCACUAUCGAGAAAGCCCUUUCUAAGCAGGCCCGCCAAAGUCAUACUGGUAGCUGA